AUGCAAAACGAAAAGGUAUUCAUUGCCGUCAGUUUGUUCGACCCAGAGGGCAAGAUUGCAGGGGGAGAAUGGGCCAAGAAUGUCCUAGACCUAAUCCACAUGAUUGGCGAGGACAACACAUUCCUCAGCAUCUACGAAAAUGACAGCGGCGACUUGGGUACUGCUGCUCUGGAGGAGCUUAAGAAAAAUGUGCCUUGCAAGCACAAGAUCGUCAGCGAGGGUCAGAGGUUGAAACGCUUGGCGUACCUGUCCGAGAUGCGCAACCGGGCGCUCUACCCAUUGGACCAGUACGACACGGAUGCAGGGAUUGUGAAGUAUGACAAGAUCUUGUUCCUCAACGACGCGCUCUUUGCGCCGGUAGACGCCGCUCAUCUACUGUUCAACACGAACGCGGGCGAAGACGGCAAAGCACACUACCUCUCGGCAUGCUCCUUGGACUAUGACUGGAACCCCUUCCUCGAGUAUGAUCUUUAUGCGCAGCGCGAUGCUGAAGGGUACUCCAACGGCAUUCCAAUCUUUCCAUACUUCACGAACAAGGGCCAGGGAAUCUCGCGUAAGGCUAUGCUCGCGCAGACAGAUGCGGUCCCCGUCAAGAGCUGCUGGGGUGGAAUGGUGGCUAUGCAAGCCAAGUACAUCCAGAACUUGGAUAAGAAGCUGCCAACCAAAGACUGGCAAGCUGUUGCGCACCACGUCAUUAACCCUGAUCACCCUCACAACACGACGACACCAGUCCGAUUCCGCUACGAACCCGAGGUCUACUUUGACGCCUGCGAAUGCUGUCUGUUCCUUGCUGAUGUUACGAGUGUUGCGGAUAAGGCCGGAGAGCCAGACAUGGGCGUCUUUGUGAACCCAUACGUGCGCGUAGCCUAUCGCAAGAGGACACAACGCCUCGAACGUGUUAUUCGCCAUUGGGAACGGCUCAUGGCCCUGCCGCAGGAGAUCAUUACCUACUUUUCACGAUUCCCGACCCCGAACCCUCACAGAGAGGUUGUUGAAGGGCAACGCUUCAUGGAAGAGAUUUACCAACGCCGGGAGGGGUGGAAGAUGGUUGAGCGGACGGGGCGCAACGGCAUGUUUUGCGGAGUCCGGGAGAUGCAGCUCAUCAAGGAGGGCCCGCGCAACGGACGCAACUGGGAGAACCACUACAACAUCCCAUGGGCGGAGCAGCAGUUGAACUUCCCCAUCUGA